AUGGAGGAGACCUCCUUAUCUGAGGACUCUUUCGAGUUCCUGAAUGUUGGCUCUCCCGCGCCCGCCACGUGCUUUGACCGGCUACCAGUCAACGUGAUCGAGCACAUCCUUUAUGCUGCUGAUGCCAACACAUUUGCUUCUCUGUCUUUGUUGAAUCAAAGAUGGAAGCAUAUUUCCGAUUCCGCGGCGUUAUAUGCUCACCAGUUGGCGCGCUGUCCUUCUAUCUCUUGGACUCACCAGGUUAUCUCCGAGGCAGAAGACCUGACUAAACUCAAGCACCAAUUCCUGAAGGAGGUCAGACAGAAUGCCUUUGAUGCAUUCUUACGGCCGCGUCAAACGCUUGUGCGGCUUAUUUCAAGCUCUAUGAGCUCAUCUACGGCCUUCCCACAGGGUGAGGUCUUUCGAUUCUCAUUUUCAGCCAAUGGUCGACUGGUUCUAUGCAUCACCUCUUCUCGCAUUGUUAUUCUCGACGUCGCCACUGACCCGGUCGUUGUCAAACACGAGCUCAAGACUCGAAGGCGGCCAUUGGGAGUGGCAAUCCGCGACGAUGGCUCUCUGGUCGCCGUCUUGUCUUCCACACAUCGGGUUCAUAUUUACCAGUUAUCUGCCGACGAUGCCAAGCAUAUCCAAGUUAUCACGCUGAACGAUGCUCCAAGGGAUAUUCAAUUCUCUCCAGCGGGUAGUGUACUAGCACUGGCCUUUGAGGACAGCAUUGAGGUAUACGCUGUGGGCGAAACGGCCUUGCCAACCCAUCGCCGGGCAGUGCGCUGUAUUCGUGUCGAUGCACUGUCAUUCUCAGCAGACGGAGCAAUGCUUCUUGGAUUUGCAGCCGAAGAUGUCGUUACUAUCACCCCUCCUUUCUAUACCGAGACUGGGACGGAUGCUUCGCCCGAGGAUCUUGAAAUGCGCAUGUGGACAACACAAAUUCUGUUUCCCGAAACGAUUAACUGUCAAGUCACCCACGCCUCCCUCAUUGCUGGCCAUGAGGAGAACGAUGAACAGUGGGUGAUGGGAUAUGACAAUCGAUUGGCAGCGUUCAGGGCAAUCACAUUGAACGACAAUGCGGGAAUUGUUUAUUUCGCCAGUCCAUUUCUGGGUAAUGAGUCACGAGAAAUGCGACCAUGCAUGAGACCCGCCACGGAUGAUGCUGGAGAGCUCACUGCUUUUGGAUAUCAAGACUCAGAAGUGUGGAUAUAUGGAGUGCCUAGCUUGGGCGCUCACAAUGGAAUUAGCGGCAACAAUAUCGGUGGUGGUCAUCAUGGUGCAGGUUCCCCACCUCGCGACAAUUUAUUGCAACUUCAGAAAAUCGUCCAACAGCCUAAGAUCCUGAUACGAGGACGACGGAUCACUAACAUGCAUGGGCUAACCUCCGCCCACUGGGUUCGUUCCACUUCGGAAAGAAGCCACCGUAGACUCGUCGCGGUAGCGCCGGGUGGUGUUCGACCCCAGAUUUUCGGAGAAGAAGGUAUCCCAGUUGACGGUGGUCGAAUCCUUCUUCUCGACUUCCGGCGCUCCACAAUGAACGGUGUGACGACCGAGCUUGAUAUCGAGGUCGGAGAAACGGAACCCAAGAUACUCAUGGAACCGGACUCCUCUUUGGCGACGGAAGUCGAGCUCGAGAGAAGGCGAACACGACUCCAUCGGGGCGAUCCCACAACAUUUCGACCAACCCGAGAAUCCCGAGCCCUACCAUUCCACAUGCGCCGGAACAACAGCCUUACAGUCCCUACCUCGCCAAACGAGACUUCACGCGAGGUCCCCGACCUCCCAUAUGACAACACACAGCCUCGGUCCAGUGAAGUCCUGCACCGAGCUGCGACUGCGGCUGCAUCAACUCGUGGUCGAUAUGACCCACGCUAUCGCAAUACCCCCAACCACCGACACGUCCCGCAUGAAAGUGAUGCCGACAACUGGGUACCGCCCCCUCCCCCAUAUCAACGCGAGACAGAGGAACCCUUGCCAGACGAUUUACAGAGAACGCUUCUCGUCCCGAUUGGAUCUGGUACCCAGCUAAGCCGAGCGCAAACCAACCCCGUCACACAACAGCAGCUAGGCCGUCCACGCCCACAAUCAGCCACGAUACCGAGACCAGACACCUUGACUGACGCCCGGCGAAGGGGAGACUCAAUCGGCAGAGACGACGACGUCUUCACUCAAGGGCAGUUGGGUCUGAACGACCCCUCCGCAAACCAUAUAUAUCCCCCACAUAUUGCCACUCCUACCUUCUCCUUACACCCAGCCGCACAAACUCAGCAAGAGAACAACACCAUGCCUCUUCCGUAUCUGAGGGACUCGGCACUGGGCGAUGCACUUGGCGAUGCAUACUUUCCGUACUCCAUUUCAUCACCGAAUCUCCUCCACAUCCCACAGCCAUAUGAGGAUGAGCAGGGUACUGCAGCAGACGAAGAGCACGAGAUACCGGAGAGACAGCGGUCUUUCCGCCGGCGAGUCUCCACUGAGCCUACUACCUUGCCGCCACCGCAGAAUGAGGAAUGGAGACGGCGUAUUCAGGAUUGGAAUGAUCAUACUAUCAAAGAACGUGGUCGGAAGCGCAGGGGGAAAUGCAUCGUCAUGUAG